AUGGGUCCCACUGAUUAUCCCUCUCUGUGUGCCCGCAGGAAUGAGACAGUGCUGCACCAGUUCUGCUGCCCAGCCGCGGACGCCGAGCAGAAGCCCGCCUGCUCCGACCCCGCCGCCCACAGUGACGGCUCCUGCGCCCAGGCCGGCGGGGGUCUGGAGGACUCUGUGGCAGCGGCGGCAGCCAGCAGACCCGCUGCCCACGCCCCGAAGGCUCAAGCCCAGGAGCUGCAGCAGGAGGAGGAGCUGCCCGGGCCAGACGGGACCUCCCCGAGGGCUGGCCUCCACCGUGGGGCCUCCCCUGGCCGGCCUCAGCCCGCCCACACCCCUGCCACUUCCGAGUACGAACGCUCCCUUGACCUAAAGAGUAAACAGAUUGAGAUGCUAGAGCACAAGUACGGGGGCCACCUGGCGUCGCGGCGGGCGGCCUGCACCAUCCAGACGGCCUUCCGCCAGUACCAGCUCAGCAAGAACUUCGAGAAGAUCCGCAACUCGCUGCUGGAGAGCCGCCUGCCCCGGCGCAUCUCCCUGCGCAGGGCACGGGCGCCCACGGCCGCCGAGAGCCUGGCGGCCGAGAGGGCGCUGUCCAAGGAGGCCCUGCAGGCCAUGAUCCUGAGCCUGCCGCGCUACCACUGCGAGAACCCGGCCAGCUGCCGGUCCCCCACGCUGUCCACCGACACGCUGCGCAAGCGCCUCUACCGCAUCGGCCUCAACCUCUUCAACAUAAACCCGGACAAAGGCGUGCAGUUCCUCAUCUCCAGGGGCUUCAUCCCCGACACCCCCAUCGGCGUGGCUCACUUCCUGCUGCAGCGCAAGGGCCUCAGCCGCCAGAUGAUCGGCGAGUUCCUGGGCAGCAGCAAGAAGCAGUUCAACCGCGACGUGCUCGACUGCGUGGUGGACGAGAUGGACUUCUCUGGCGUGGAGCUGGACGAGGCGCUGCGCAAGUUCCAGGCCCACAUCCGCGUGCAGGGCGAGGCGCAGAAGGUGGAGCGGCUCAUCGAGGCCUUCAGCCAGCGCUACUGCAUGUGCAACCCCGAGGUGGUACAGCAGUUCCACAACCCCGACACCAUCUUCAUCCUGGCCUUCGCCAUCAUCCUCCUCAACACCGACAUGUACAGCCCCAACAUCAAGCCGGACCGCAAGAUGAUGCUGGAGGACUUCAUCCGGAACCUCAGGGGUGUGGACGAUGGCGCCGACAUCCCCCGGGAGCUGGUGGUGGGCAUCUACGAGCGCGUGCAGCAGAGGGAGCUCAAGUCCAAUGAGGACCACGUCACGUACGUGACCAAGGUGGAGAAGUCCAUCGUGGGCAUGAAGACGGUGCUGUCAAUGCCACACCGCCGCCUGGUCUGCUGCAGCCGGCUCUUUGAGGUGACGGACGUGAACAAGCUGCAGAAGCAGGCCGCGCACCAGCGGGAGGUGUUCCUCUUCAACGACCUGCUGGUGAUUCUCAAACUGUGUCCGAAGAAGAAGAGCUCGUCCACGUACACCUUCUGCAAGUCGGUCGGCCUGCUCGGCAUGCAGUUCCAGCUCUUCGAGAACGAGUAUUACUCCCACGGCAUCUCGCUGGUGACGCCGCUGUCGGGCUCGGAGAAGAAGCAGGCGCUGCACUUCUGCGCGCUGGGCUCCGACGAGAUGCAGAAGUUCGUGGAGGAUCUGAAGGAGUCCAUCGCGGAGGUGACGGAGCUGGAGCAGAUCCGGAUAGAGUGGGAGCUGGAGAGGCAGCAGGGGACGAAGUCGCUGUCCCUCAAGGCCGGGGGUGCCCAGGUGGACGCUCAGCCCAAGCAGGGGUCCCCCCCAGCCAAAAGCCAGCCGGCGGCCGGGGAGAAGCCCGCUGCGGUGGCCGAGAGCCCGGGGGAGGUAUCAAUUCACAACAGGCUCCAAACGCCCCAGCACACGUCCGGGCUGGGGGCCGAGAGGGGACCUCCGCCAUCACCGCCACCGCCGCCGCCGCCGCCGUCAGACCCGCAGCCUAGCCCCCCGGGGGAGCCGGCCCUGCGACCUCUGCCCCCCGCGCCCCCCGGCACCCUGGUCCAGUGCCAGCAGAUCGUGAAGGUGAUCGUCCUGGACAAGCCCUGCCUGGCCCGCAUGGAGCCGCUGCUGAGCCGGGCCCUGUCCUGCUACGCGGCCGCCUCCUUCUUGAUGGUGACCCUGAGGAGAAGGCAGGGUCAGGGGCCCCCCAUUCCCAAGGCCAGAGGACCCCGGGACCGUGCAGAGAUGGCUGCCUUCUGCUCCCCUUCCCCAACAAAGAACCUCAGCGUUAAGUAA